UAAUAUAUAUUAUAUAAUUUAUACUUAAGCAUCAAUAUUUCUAGCAAACGUCUGCCCUAUUAAUGUCUGAAUGUCUAGUUAACAUAAUACUGUGUUAAAUAGUUAUUUAUAUAAAUAUAAAAAUGCCUCUUUUUCAGGUCAACAAGAAACUUCUACCAAUCAAAAUUCAUUUUUUUUUAAAAGGGGCUGGUUCAGCUCCGAUACUUCCAUUUUUGGCCACUAUUAUGAAUCAAAGAGGUUAUUCGUCAAUGAUCAUCGGUUUAUUCUACACAAUAAUUUCAUUUUUAGGCUUAUUGAUACGACCAACAGUUGGUGCCAUCACAGAUAAAUACAAGUGCCGCAAAAAUGCGCUUACUUUGAGUGUAGGAAUCAGUUGUCUAUUUAUAAAUAUACUGAUAUUUAUACCAGGCUCAGCUGUAAAAACAGAAAUGAAUGACAUGGAUGUGAUCAAAUCACCACUGUUCUGGUUGUUUUUCAGCACAGUUACCUUAAUCAUAAUAUCCAAUGUGGUAAUAAUGGUUAUGGAAGACACGAUAUGCGUCCAUAUAUUAGGUGAAGACAAAACUAAAUAUGGCCAUCAGAGGAUGUGGGCCGCAAUUGGUUGGGGUACUAUGUCCAUUAUAUCUGGCAUGUGUGUAGACUGGUUCAGUAAAGAGCUAGAAUACAAAAACUAUACACCUGGUUUCAUUAUUUCAUUAAUAUGUUAUAUUUUAGAUACAUAUGUGGUAUCAAAAAUGAAGAACGCUCAAAACACAGAUGUAAAAACUGGACCAUCCAAUGUUCAAAAAGUAUUGACUAAAAUAAGAGUACUAUCAUUUCUUUUAUGGGUUGUGGCAUUUGGAAUACUAAUUUCAUUUGUACGGAGUUUUGUACUUUUAUAUAUGGAAGAAAUUUCGAACAUUUAUUGCCCCGAUACUAAACCGUACAUAAAAACUCUCCAAGGAUUAUCAUUGACUAUUCAAUGUUUCUGCGGAGAAGUUCCGUUUUUCUUUCUGUCCAAUUUUAUACUUAAACGUGUAAGUCACAUGCACGUGUUCUCUAUUAUGUUUUUGGCAUUUUCCGUCAGAUUCUACCUGUAUUCAAUAAUUACAAAUCCAAUUUUGGUAUUACCAGUCGAACUAUUGAAUGGCAUAACGUUCGCAUUAGGGUACUCAACAGCUAUAUCGUACGCCGCACAGUUAGCUCCAGUCGGUGCUGAAGGAACGCUUCAAGGGAUCGUCGGAAUGGCAUUGAACGGUAUAGGUACACCCAUCGGCAGUUCAAGUGGUGGUUAUCUCUUAAAACGUUUUGGAAGUAUUACUUCGUUUAAAUUUAUAAGUGUUGUUGCGUUAGCAAUAUGCAUUACUCAAACGAUUGUAAAUCAAUUGAUAAAUCGAUUUUUUAAAAAUGACAAUGUUAAAGGAGAAGAAGUGUCUAAUUAGUAAAUUUAUAUUUUUACUAUUGAUUUAAAACAAAUGUUAAUUAUAAUAUUAAAUACAAUUGUAAAUUUUAUUUUGGUAUUUUGAAUUAUGAUUUAAAACGAUUUAUUAGAAAAGACAAUUUUUUAUAUGAUAAGCUAU